UAAAAAUUAAAAUAUUAUUAUAUUAUUAUAUAUAUUAUUUGUAAUAUAAUAUUGUAAUAUUGACGUUAAAAUAUCGCAUAAUAUUAAUAUAGAUCGCAUAACAGAAACCCACAUAUUUUAACGAGGAAGUUUAGAUUAACGCAAUUAACAUAUUUUCGAAUAUAUCUAAAUAGUAUACUUUCACAAGAUAAAAGAUGAGGGUAACCCACAGGUUUCGAAUUUUGUCAAAUAGCUUCGUCAAUUUCUUUUUCAUUCUUGUUCGAAACAUCGUACAGUAACAAUGAAUUUCUCGAUCCUCGUGCUUUUAACUAUUGGUAUUGAUUAUACCAAAGCAUAUCAUAAAGUUAGUGCAACGACGGAACAUUCAAAAAUAAUUCAUAGAUCGUUACGAGAAACUACUACGAAUAAUAGCAACAUACAAAUACCCGAGAAAAAAAUCUCUUUGACAGAUAUUCUGUACUCGAAAGAGAAUUUGACUAAAUUAGAAGAAUCGGAAAGAAAUAUGAAGAAAGAAGUUGGCUCUUCGAAUAGAAAAUCGAAAAUUUUAAGAAGUUUGGCUUUGCUAGCCGGUUUAAGUGUCGGUAAUUUGACAAAUGCAGCGUCGACCGACGUAAAAACGUAUACUAAAUUUCCAUCGUUGAAUGUCGAUACGUCUCGAAUUUCAUCUCCUCUUGCUACGAUCUAUAAUCCUUAUCCCUAUGUCUCGUAUCCUUAUAUAUUUGCCACUCCUCUAGGAUUUUAUCCCCCUUUGUUGGAUUUAUUAAGAUUACAAUCAAUUAAUGGAUUACAAAACGUUCAACCGAGUUCGUUAAAUCUAUUGGACAACAAAAUCACUGAUCAGAACGAGUAUGGAGAGGCUCAAAAAAUUGAAAAUAUCAAAACGCCAAGUAAGCAAAACAUCAACAUAAAUACAGACAUCCAAGAGGAGGAGGACCAGAACGAAGAAGGCAAGUUUCCAUCUUCUAAUUUAUUAUGUAAUACGCAGAAAGAAGUUAAUGCGAAGCAGAGUAACACGUUGAAAAAUAUCGUCAAAGAUAAUUCUUUUACGAUAGCAUUUCGAGCCGCGAACACAACAACAACUAACACAACGACGCCUGGAAAUAUGACCCAAACUGACAAUUCGACUCAAACAAGUCCACCUUUUUACUAUGGCGGAUAUCCACAAAAUAUACACCAUAUCGAUUUCACUACGAAAGCGUAUGAACCUUAUUAUUACAGUUACCAGCAUAUCAAUUAUGAUUUGCCCUCGUAUAACAAACCAGUAGAUUUUCACUGGGAUGAAACAUAUAAUAAUUAUUAUCCUGUUGCACAUGUUGAUCAUUAUCCAGAUCACUUUCAUCAACAAAUUCCCGAAUAUCGUUCUAACGAUUUCAAAAAAUUUUCGUACACGCCUGACAAUAUACCAUCAUUCGCCAACAAUGAUUUCAAACCUAUAUUGUAGAAUCAAUGUAAUGUCAUUAUAACGUAAUGUAUCAACAUGUACUAACGUGUGUAAUCACGAUAAAAGAUUUAAUAAAUCAAUUUUUUUUUAUUGACAAAUUAA